AACUCAUUGAUAUGGAUUCGCCUCCAGUAACAACUUUUGUCUCAUUGUCGAACUCUCCCGAAAAUAAUUUUAGUCCAGUUAAUUUUAUCUCAGAAUUCAGACUCCCAACUUAUGGAGCUAAUAACCCCAGAGUCUGGUUUGCUCAAAUUGAAGCUUUAUUCAUGGCUAGAGGCAUAAGAUCUCAGGCAUCAAAGUAUGCAUACGUAGUCGGCGCACUUCCUAUCGAGAUUGCCGCUGAAGUUGGUGAUUUAAUCGAUCACGUGCCAGCAUCUGAACCAUAUGAUAAGAUAAAAGCAGCAGUUAUUCAACGCACCACGGUCUCAGAUGAGAAAAGGCUACAACAGUUGUUAACAUCUUGUGACUUGGGUGAUAAAAGACCCUCGCAACUUCUCCGCCACAUGAAACAACUCGCCGGUCCAUACAAGCUAGACGAAGCCCUCCUAAAGCAAAUGUGGUUUCAAAGAUUACCACACAGCGUUCGACAAAUUCUCAGUGUUUCAGGGAAAUCCGUCGCACUUGAUGACUUAGCCGACAUGGCAGAUAAAAUGAUGGAAGUAUACCACGACAAUCACUGUGUGAACUCAUUGCAACCACCUGGACCAACAGAUAUUAGCUGUUUAGCCUCCUUUCAAAAGCAGUUAACACAAUUAACGAGCCAGCUGGCGUCACUGCAAUCGACCAUAGCAACCAUCCAAGCUAGACAAUCGAGAUCCCCCUCCAGACGAAGAUCUUUUUCUAGACAACGGUCUCGGUCACCGAAGCGAACAUUUGAUGUUUGUUGGUACCACCAAAAAUACGGCACCAAAGCACGGCGUUGUACACGAUCGUGCACAUUUUCUGCGUCUGACACAGAAAAUCAGGGAAACGACCCGGCCAGACAGUGAUGGCGGCGCCUGUUUCUGGCCACUACCCGAGCCGUCUAUUUCAUGUCAGGGAUCGAAUUUCGGGCUCAGAUUUUUCGGUCGAUACAGGAGCCGAAAUCAGCAUUAUCCCAUUACAGCUCUCUCAACGACGGCACCCUCAGAGUACUAAAUUGUCUCUAGUCGCAGCCAAUAACACAGUCAUUAAAACUUAUGGCGAGCAAUCACUUAUUUUAGAUCUCGGUCUCCGGAGACGUUUCACAUGGGUUUUCAUCGUAGCUGAAAUCAAACAACCCAUUAUCGGGGCCGAUUUUCUCGGUGCUUACAACCUACUUGUAGAUAUGGCAAAAAAGAAACUAAUCGACAAAAACACAAGCUUACAGGUCAGUGGCACAACUAUCUCCAGUUACGAAAUUCAUGGAGUCCGUAUGUUAAGACCUGAAAACAAAAUUUUCACCGAUAUCCUAUCGAAUUAUGAAAGUAUAACCAGAGCUGAUUACCAAAACGAAUGCUCCACACAUCGUGUCCAACACAGUAUUACUACUACAGGACCACCCAUUCGCGCCAGGGCGAGAAGACUCCCUCCAAACAAGUUGCAGUUCGCUAAGAGAGAAUUCGAACAUAUGAUGCAACUUGGGAUAAUCAGACAAUCUAACAGUCCUUGGGCCUCGCCGCUGCAUAUGGUUCCCAAGAAAGAUCAAGACUGGCGCCCAUGUGGAGAUUAUCGCCGAUUGAAUAACAAGACUAUCCCAGACCGGUAUCCGAUCCCUCACCUGCAUGAUUUUUCUUUAAAUCUACAUGGAAAACAGAUUUUUUCAAAGUUAGAUCUAGUCCGAGCAUACCAUCAAAUACCGAUGGCACCUGAGGAUAUCGAGAAAACAGCUGUAAUCACACCUUUUGGCUUGUUUGAAUUCUUGAGGAUGCCUUUCAGACUAAAAAACGCCGCUCAAACCUUCCAGAGAUUUAUGGACGAAGUAACUAGAGGUCUGGAUUUCGUAUUUGUCUAUAUCGACGAUGUUUUAAUCGCUAGUUCUUCCAUUGACGAACAUGUUCAACACCUACACACGCUUUUUGAACGUUUCAAAAGUUAUGGUGUUGUAAUCAACCCUUCGAAGUGUAUAUUUGGCGCCUCAUCUCUGGAAUUCCUGGGACACCACAUUGAUUCCCAAGGAAUUAAACCACUUGAAGAGAAAGUCAAAGCCAUCUCCAGCUAUCCAGAACCAACCUCA